CCCAAAGACAUGGAAAGAUAGACGCACACGCACGAACGCUUGCUCUCUCUCUCUCUCGCAUAUGGUGGGGGGCCGGAAAUGUUAUUCGAUGAUUUCUCUUUCACCCUCUCUCGCUUCUUCUUCUUCUUGACAAGACGGGUCUCUCUGGUUCUCUCUCCACCUCCUCGCUUAUCAUUUCAUCAGAAGAGGAUCUUUUGUUUCAAUCUCAGUGGGAAGGCCGUAUUGAACGCCCUCUUCCACAAACCCUAACGUUAAUUCCUACUCUCUCUAUGCUGGGCGGCGACCAGAAUGCUGAGGAAUGCCCCAGCACCGCCGCUGCCGCGGACUCCUCUCUCCCUCCCAGGAAGCGCCUCCUCGCCGGGCUGAAGCACGAGGUACCUUCCCCGCCGCCAGACUCCGCAUCCUCCGUCGGGCCCGCCCUUCCGUCCGCGCGAGACCCCAACCCCAGCCGCUCUAGGGCUCGAUACCUCCCCAAUCUCUCCGAGUGCCACGGCUGCGGCAGGAGCGGCACCCUCACCGCAGGCCCCGGAGGCGGCCGGAAGCUCCAGAUGCUCAAGAGCGGGUGGCGGGUCGUCCUCCUCUGCCGUUCCUGCGUCGCCGCCAUCAACUCCAGGGAGGUAUGCUCCUAUUGCUUCUCGAAGCUCUCUGAACCAUUGCUGGUCUUCUCUUGUGUCAAUUGCCGCCGCCUUGUCCACCAGGAAUGUGGGUCCCGGCAACGGAAUUUUGCAUCCAAUUUAGAAUCGCAGUCGUUUGUGUGCGUCGAUUGUUGGGUGCCCAAUUAUCGGGUCAAGGUCAGGGCUAGGGUUAGGGUUGGUUCCAAUGGCUUGAAGAAUCCUUUGCCCGAAUUACUACAGACCGAUGAAAUCAAAGUUCAAACUCCUGCUGAGCAACUGACCGCGGCUCGGUGUUGUAUGACGCAGAGUCAGAGAAGGGCUCUGUCCGACGCUUGCUCGGCAAAGGGGUCGAAGAGCUCGCUGUUUAGACAUACAGAUCCACCGGUGAAGGAGCUUGUGAGAGAGGCGAACUCUGAGACAGAAAUGGCGGUGGCUGUGGCCACUUUUGCCAAGGGGAAGGCAUUGAGGAAGACUGAGAAUGCUACGGGGGCUGCUGCAUUGAAUGUCGUAGUGGCUCUCGCUGCUGUGGAGGACAAUCCCCUGAGAAAGGGUGGUACUCCGGUUGUGGGGCAUUGUAGUGGCAUUGAUGACGCUAAGAAAGAGGUAGAUGGCGGGAUUACCGAUGAGGAAUUGGCUCUUCAAUUGCACCGGGCAAUGAAUAGCUCUCCUAGGAUAUUGAAGAACAACUACGUCAAUCGAGACCUAUCAUCUUUGAGGGAAGGUAGGAUGUGUACGUACCGUAAGCGUGAUUCAAAUUCCGUGUUAAAUUCGAAGAGGGGGAGAAACAUUAAUGGGCUUUUGGAUAAGCAGACUGUUUGGCCGAAGAAUGAUUCAGGCGAUUCUUCAAAGUCAGAGUCUGGAAGUCACAGCAUAUGUGGGAGGUUUGAAGCUUGCACUGGAGAUAAACUUUUUGAAAACCCAGAUCGAUCAGAGGCCGAGCUGUCGGUUUGUUUGGGCGCUUCUACUGGUGUACCAUCGACACAUGCUGACACUACUAAGGUAUACGAGAUCGAUCAUGGGACUUGGAAGAUCGAUGCUGGGUGUGAUGCAGGUAGAGAGAUGGCUUCUGAGAGGUUCACGGAAAAUGGCGUUGAUAAUUUUGAAGGUGACCGUUUGAGCAGUAGGGAUGUGCAGGUGAAAGAGGAGCAAGCUAGCUGUUCCAAUAAACCAGCUAACUCUAGUGGAGACGAUGAUAGCCUGGACACGGAGUUUGAAAGUUGUCAAAACCAGAAUAUUGCUUUGUCCAUAGGUGAUGACGAAUCUGUUCAUUGUGGUGAUGAAUCAUUCAACUAUGGCAACAAGAUAUAUCGGACGGCAGAUGAAUCCUGUUCAUUGCUGGCGCAGAAUAGAAGGGAACCUUCGUCCAAUGAGAGCCCCAGAAAGUAUAGAAGGAGAUGCUUGGAUGUUAAAGGAGCUCCGCACAGGAAAACUGACCCUCUUUCAGACGAUCUCAUGAUUGAAAACCAAGCUUAACCAGAUGGGAGGCAGCUAUAGCUGCCAAGCUGUUGUAAGAAACUGAGACUUCAUGGUGUGCAAGCCUCUACAUAUGCUAGUAAUUUAUGGUGUCAUGAGUGGAGAAAGAUGUGCCAGUAACACCGUAAAUUUCGCAGAGGUCUGCACUGGAUUUGUCCAGACUGUUAGAUCAUGCACAGCUUUGUAUGUACUAAAUGUACUUUUCAGCACCUGAUUGUGCACUGUUUAGCUUAUGAGCUUCCUGUUUUUGUUUU